AUGGCGGCAAAGGCAAAACUGCAAGCGCGAGCUUGCUGUAGAAUUUAUGUUUUAUUAUUCUUAUUAUUUUCUUGUAUUUGUUUGACUCAUUCUUCUACUACAGCACCAACUACAACACCGGCGGCUAAUACAACAACCGUGAAUACAACCACUCCAACUACUACAACUCCAACAACAACUACUCCAACGACCACAACACCGACAACUACCACAACAGCGUUACCUACUCAGCCUCCGUCUCCUGUCGCUAUCAACACAGAUAUAGGGCCGUGUCCUUGUGACCUGACUGCAAGCGCAUGUGAUGUAAGGUGCUGCUGUGAUCCUGACUGUACAGCUAAUGACAUUAAAGCAUUCUCUUCAUGUAUACCAACUUCAGUCAAUGUUGAUGACCGCAUGUGUAUACAGUCUGAACUGCUGCUGAUGGAGAACACUCAGUACACCAAGGAGUAUACACAGGAUGGACUCUUCUGUAUAUACUUUGACAACAAUGCACAGAGAAAUUAUUAUGCAAAUCCUGACCUAGUGUCUGACACCACUACAUUUGAGAAUUAUUUGUACCGGUUCGCUGACACAAACUACCAACCUGGGGCCGUGGAUAAAACUCUAUAUGCCAAUGAAUACAAGAGUGGUGAUCCUGUGUUCGUUGUUUAUCAGAAUCUGGCCAGGGGUUAUCUAGGUGUACCCAAGGCUGUUGGCUCUACAUUUUGUUCAGACAGCAACCCAGCUGCAUUCCUGGAAGAUGAGUCGUCCCAGUGUGUACGUAAUGUGUACACCUUGGAUGCCAAUACUUGUGUGGACACUGUCCAGUGGAAAGCGUCCUCCUACUACUCUGGGAUCAAAGUCGUCACUACACCCUACCUAUUCAACUGGAUUGUGAACCAGACUGGAGUGACCAACCCAGCAGUUACUACAGCCCCACCACCCACUACCACAGCUCCUGUUGUCACCACAGACAUCAAUGCUACAACAUCCGUUUCUAAUACCACAACUCCAUCGGUGGUAACCACGGCUUCCACCGUAGUAACAACAACAGAUAACAGCACAGUUACCUCCCCUUCCCCUUCCAACACCACAGACAACGUAACCACGACUCCCCCUGUUCCCACUACACCUAUUGUACUUAUCCCAGUGGAUCUGUACAACAACACAUACACCGUCCCGAUAACCGUAGACUCCGUGACUUGUCAAGAUGUGAAUGGACAAGCCCUGACCUGUCCUACAAACAGCCCAAUUGAUCCAACGUACACCAGCGGGACAUGUAGUAAUGUCGUGCUCGGGGUGGAGUAUAUCCUUGGUUAUGGUAGUGGUAUACCGGAAUUUCUCGAGGAGACUCAACAGGUCGUGACCUCUGCCAGGGUCAGAUUGACCUUGGGAAAUAUCAACCAGGCCAGCUUACCAAUCACUCAGAAAUACAGCGCUAAAUUUGAAGGAGCGUCAGAGGCAAAUGUGGUAGAAAAGAGUGGAAACCCAGGGUAUUUGGUCGGAAAACCUGUGAGGGCUGGUGUUCGCUACAAUAUCGCUGGAAAUUCCAGUUUUGCCGUAUCUGAGAGUUUGUAUGAUCUGACCCUCGUCAAGUCAACCGGCUCUGGUGAUUGUGCUACAGGCUCGGCCAACCGAAUCCAGGUGAACUUCGGGGAAGAUGUUAGGACAGGCUGUCUGAUCAGGUUCAACUAUGACAAUGUGACCGAGUACUGCAGCGCAAUUGAACAACAGAUCAUCACUGCUUUAGAAGGUUUAGAUGGAGUGACAUACGACCCUGGUAACCGCUCUGUCGCUAUAUUUGGUAAUUCUGAUCCACUCGUCACUGGCGACUGGGUACCUAUCAUCAGGAACGCACCAACAGCUGCACAGUGUAUACUAAAGGUAUGCACAGAAGUUGGUAGGACUUUUAAUAAAGUUAUUGUAAUUUUUUUACAGGCGUCAGAGGCAAAUGUGGUAGAAAAGAGUGGAAACCCAGGGUAUUUGGUCGGAAAACCUGUGAGGGCUGGUGUUCGCUACAAUAUCGCUGGCAAUUCCAGUUUUGCCGUAUCUGAGAGUUUGUAUGAUCUUACCCUCGUCAAGUCAACCGGCUCUGGAGAUUGUGCUACAGGCUCGGCCAACCGACUCCAGGUGAACUUCGGGGAAGAUGUUAGGACAGGCUGUCUGAUCAGGUUCAACUAUGACAAUGUGACGGAGUACUGCAGUGCAAUUGAACAACAGAUCAUCACUGCUUUAGAAGGUUUAGAUGGAGUGACAUACGAACCUGGUAACCGCUCUGUCGCUAUAUUUGGUAAUUCUGAUCCACUCGUCACCGGCGACUGGGUACCUAUCAUCAGGAACGCACCAACAGCUGCACAGGUUGUCUCGACUAUUAGCGGUCCGACCUGUUCUGUGACAACUGGCAUGCAUGUCCAGAUUCUUUAUGCAAACAUUGGAGCGCUGAAUAAUCCUCAAAGGAAGAUCCUUGGUGUUCAGUUUAACUAUGAGGAGCCACAGCUUGUCACAUUUAAGUGUAUUGGAGUGUUUUGUUCACCCGGAAGCUCCGCCCUCACUCAAUCAGUGGAGAUUAGCCAAUCAGUUACCUUCAUAGAUGUAUCGGAGCCAAGCACAGGCUAUGUCGGAGAACCGCCAAUUUUCCUGGCCAAACUGCCAUACGAUUUCUUCUAUCCCUUCCUUCAGUCUGCUGGUCAGCGUGCGGUCAGUAGCAGUGUGUUACUGGUCACUUUGCUAUGUGUGGUCAAACUUAUGUUAUAGCAGUGGGUUUAAUUUUAAGUUCUGUAUUUAUUCAAUAAACAACUUCUUAAUGGAUAAUUUUGCAAAGCUGAAUUUUUUGUUUGUAAGAAAAAAGUCAGCAUUAUUUUAUAAAUACAAAAUUAGAUAUGAGGAAUUCCACUUUAUACAGAUGUUAUACUUUCCAUAGAAACAAAAAUAGUAUUUAACUUUGAGAUAUUCUUUACCAUCUUAAACCGACAAAAUCAAGAUCCCUGAUGUUGAUAAUUUCAAGAAAAACCUUGAUGAUGUUUUCUAUAAAAAGACCUCAUUGAUCUUUCCUAAACUAAAGUUACCUUUCAUCUGAUAAUAAUUGAAAUAAAUGUGCUUGAUGAAGUAUGAUUUUUUGUGUAUGAAUGAAUGUACAAGAUUGAAAAUGUAGUCUUUGGUUAAAUAUAUUAUUUAUCAUUGUAAGUAGAAUGAAUGUUUUCAGAUUCAGUUAGUCUUUGUGGAGUUAAUUAUAGACUGAUAUUAUGUGAACUUAUGGAUCUUCUCAUUAAAUAUAGGUAGAUACCUUAGUGCAUGUAUAAAUUCUGUUUUUGCUACACAUGUACAGAAUAGAUUUUUUCUGUAAAAGUACAUGUAAAAAGAUUAAUAUAUCAACUAUUAUUUAAUACUGUAUAGUAGCAACUAAUGCAGAUUGCAGAUCUUCAUGUUUGAGAGAAUGAAUGUAAGCAGAAUCUGUGUGUGAAUGUUGGACGUUAUAUUUUUAUACAUUGUGGAGUGAGCCAGGAUUGAAAUUAGUGUUGGUAAUGUAUAUUAGGAAAUAUUACAUAUCAAUUUUAGGUUGUAUAUAUAUAUAUUAAUUUUAAUACUUAAGUAGUUUGAAAUCUCAAUUUUAUAUUGUUGGCUGUGCUAUUAAAGUAUCAUGUGAGAUUUGGUGUGGAAUGUUGAAAGUUUCUCCAAUGUGUGGAGAAAUGAAAUAGUCGCCAAUGUGUAAACUGAAAUAAGCUUUCAAGCUUGUAUUCUAUACACAAUGUCAUAGUUCCUUCUGGAUCACCGCAUUAACAUAGGUACAUUUAGAUCACUUAAACAGCUGCGGCAAACUUGGACAGUGAAGAAUUGUUCAAUGUUAAGAAUAAUUUGGUUAUGCCUUCGUUUUCUCACAAAUGACAAAACCCGUAAUUACAAAGAAUUCAUUCUUUGGUUCUUUUUAGUCUGUGCCGAUUAUUGUUUUGGCACUUGGACACCAUUGUUAUAAAGAAGCCUAGUGAACUUAAUACUGUGUUUUUGUUUACAUGUUUCUGUGAUAAGUGGAAUAUGAAACAUUCCAUGAGCUGAAUAUUUUUUUUAAUACAUGUCUUGUUACGUACAACUAGUGGCCCGCAAAUUUCACUUUGAAGGGAAUUAAUCUUUUCUUAAAUGGAGAGUUUUGCUUUGUAAAAAUAGCAUUAAUAAAAGCCACUGUGUGGGGAGAUCAGAAAUUUUGUCAUAUUCUAAGGCGUCAAAAAAUACUGGGGAUGGUAUAUCUUAGAUUGUCUCCCCUUUUGAAUUAUGUAAAUUUACGAGCCAAGCUUCUGAAUACCAGACACAAAUAAAGAAAAAUCACAAGAUUUACAAUUUUGUUUUAAAGUGUAAAUUAUGAUUUGUAUGAUUGUAUAUUCAGACUUCAGUGCUGGUGUCGAAAUAACUACUUCCGUCCAUGAUCAUGUAUUUAUAAGAUCAUUUUAAAAAAUAAAUGGUUUUGUAUAUAAA